UAGGCGCAACGAGGCGGGGACAGAGACCGGAAGAGCCACUGUUUAUUUGUGUCUGUGUCAAGGAGUCUGUGUCAAUAAAGUUUAGGGCGACUGACGUCACAGGUGUCUGGAAAGAGGAAGACACGUGGGCAGCGGCUGAUGUGAGGAAGCUACAAUGUAACUAGCGGCCGAUACAGGCUGAGGAUGCGCUGCCCGCUCUGCCACGCCCUGCUGGCCCUGACUCUGCUGUGUAACCUGCUGCUCCUGUACUACACCUGGCGCCUCCGCCCGGAGCCGCGCCCCCCGUCUUCUCUGUCCGCGGGCAUCACUGUCAUUGUGCGGGAGUUCCGCCCCUUUGAGCAUGGCCUGGCGGAGUUACACCGCUCCUUCCUGCGCGCCCGCCCUGCACUCCAGAUCCUGGUGGCUUCAGAGUUGGCUCCGUACCCGCCGGUCCCUGGCAUUUCCCUGCUGAGGCUUCACCCAUCCCCGGAGCUGCCCAGCGCUGCCGCCCGCCUGGAGUCCCAUGUUCACACCCGCCUGGUGGCGCUGGUACCGGACGGGUGUGCCCUGGAUCCUCCUGAUCUACUGGAGCGGAUGGCUCGUGGACUGCGCGACGCUGCGCCCGGAGUCAGACUAGUGGCGGCCGGAGCUGGCGCCGCCCUGCACUGCCUGCACCUGAACGUGUCUCAGAGGGAAUGGACGGCACAGUACCGGGUGGCCGGUGGCAGAGAGUCCUGCGGAGCGGUGGCCGGAGCGGCAGUCAUCCUCAUGCGCUCCCGCGACUUGUUUGACUUGCCCUUUCCUCUCUCCCGCCCCCUGCUGGCGGCCAUAUUUAUUCAGGCGGCUCUGCGUGGGUGGAGGGUGAAGGUGAUGGAUGACGUCAUGUUUCCUCGCACUCCGUUCCCGGCCACAGACCACGGCCGCUGGAAGGCAGAGCAGGCGGAGCGGGCAGAGGAGGCAGCCACAAUGCGGGCACUGGGCGUGAAGCUGCUGCGCGGACUGGAUGGGGGGGAGCGCUGGUUUGGCUGCACCAAGGAGACGCCCCGCUGCUUUGGGACUGUGGUUGGAGAAACCCCGGAUUACCUGUACGAGGGGCGCUGGACCCCCCCCUGCUGCCUCCGGGCCCUCAGGAUCACAGCGCUCCACGUCAUCAAGGUCCUGGAGGCAAACAACGUGCGGUACUGGCUGGAGGGGGGGAGCCUGCUGGGGGCCGCCCGCCAUCGGGACAUCAUCCCCUGGGACUAUGACGUGGACCUUGGCAUCUACCUGGAGGACAUCGCCCUGUGCCCAGAGCUGCGGGGGGCCCAGGAGGGCUCUCUGGUAGAUGAGGAGGGCUUUGUGUGGGAGCGGGCCGUGGAGGGCGACUUCUUCAGGGUGCAGUACAGUCAGACCAACCACCUCCAUGUGGACCUGUGGCCCUUCUACCCCCGGGAUGGGCUGAUGACCCGGGACUCCUGGACUGGUCACCCGCAGGACAUUGAGUUCCCAGAGCGCUUCCUCCGGCCCCUGCAGACGCUGCCGUUCGCCGGGGCUUUAGUUCAAGCCCCAAAUCGCCACGUGGAGCUGCUGAAGAUGAAGUUUGGGGAGAGAGCCAUAGAGGAACCCGAGUACCCCAACCCGGCCCUACUGAGGAUGGGGGGGGCGGUGAGACCAGAGCGAGGCCUGAAGGGUGGGAUGUGGGGCACUGGGAGGGGGCGCAGGACUAUAGGGGGCAGAUAAUGGCUGAAAUAAACCAAGGAUGUUCACUGCAUGGACUGUGUAUAUACCCAGGAGAGCGAGGGGCGGAUACGAGUAUAUACCCAGGAGAGCGAGGGGCGGAUACAUGUAUAUACCCAGGAGAGCGAGGGGCGGAUACAUGUAUAUACCCAGGAGAGCGAGGAGCGGAUACAUGUAUAUACCCAGGAGAGCGAGGAGCGGAUACAUGUAUAUACCCAGGAGAGCGAGGGGCGGAUACAUGUAUAUACCCAGGAGAGCGAGGGGCGGAUACAUGUGUAUAUACCCAGGAGAGCGAGGGGCGGAUACAUGUGUAUAUACCCAGGAGAGCGAGGGGCGGAUACGAGUAUAUACCCAGGAGAGCGAGGGGCGGAUACAUGUAUAUACCCAGGAGAGCGAGGGGCGGAUACAUGUAUAUACCCAGGAGAGCGAGGAGCGGAUACAUGUAUAUACCCAGGAGAGCGAGGGGCGGAUACAUGUAUAUACCCAGGAGAGCGAGGGGCGGAUACAUGUAUAUACCCAGGAGAGAGAGGGGCGGAUACAUGUAUAUACCCAGGAGAGCGAGGGGCGGAUACAUGUAUAUACCCAGGAGAGAGAGGGGCGGAUAAGAGUAUAUACCCAGGAGAGCGAGGGGCGGAUACAUGUAUAUACCCAGGAGAGAGAGGGGCGGAUACAUGUAUAUACCCAGGAGAGCGAGGGGCGGAUACGAGUAUAUACCCAGGAGAGCGAGGGGCGGAUACAUGUAUAUACCCAGGAGAGCGGGGGGCGGAUACAUGUAUAUACCCAGGAGAGCGAGGGGCGGAUACGAGUAUAUACCGUAUUUUUCGCCUUAUAAGACACACCUAGGUUUUUGAGGAGGAAAAUAAGGGCUCUUUCACACCUGCAUUGUGCGGAUCCGGCAUAGAGUUCCGUCGUCGGGGCUCUAU